GGAAUAUGGAUCACUAGCCGUUUAGCCUUUUUUGUUGCCAAAAUUUGCCCUAAGUAGAAGCUGUUACAGAUAAAUUUUAAGGCCUUUGAAGGUCAUGGAUUAUAUUGUGGUGUAUGAUUAAUGUGCACAAAAGCCAUGGAUUAACUUAACCUUCUCCUCUUGUAGUAGUGGAUCUAGGUUUUGUCUAUUUAAAUUUAACUUCUCUUUGUUUUUCGUGAUGUUUGUGGUUUAAGUUUUUCGGUUUCCUUUUUAAUUUGCAGAGAAGGUUCAGGUAAUCUCCCAUCAGUUUCUUUAAAUUAUUCAAUUUGCGCCGUGUUGCAGCUUCUCUCUGUACCAGUUUCUCAAUAUGAUGGUCGAGGAUCUUGGCGUCGAGGCUAAGGAAGCCGCAGUCCGCGAGGUCGCGAAGUUCUUGCCUCUCCCUGAUCUCUUGCAGUCCAUUUUCUCUAUCAAGGCCGAUUACAUCGCGCGCCAACAGGCAAAUGAUGCACAACUUAGUACCAUGGUUGCAGAGCAGGUUGAGCAAGCACAAACUGGUCUCGAAUCACUUUCCUUGUCAGAGAAGACCAUAAAUAUGCUUCGUGAGAACUUUGUUGCAAUUGAGAUGCUAUGCCAGGAAUGCCAAAACUUGAUUGAAAACCAUGAUCAGAUAAAGCUCCUUAGCAAUGCAAGGAAUAAUUUGAAUACAACCUUGAAGGAUGUUGAAGGUAUGAUGUCCAUUUCUGUUGAAGCAGCUGAAGCACGCGAUUCGUUGAGUGAUGAUAAAGAAAUUGUUAAUACUUAUGAGAGGUUAACAGGACUGGAUGGAAAGCGAAGGUUUGCUCUAGCUGCAGCAUCUUCUCACAAGGAAGAGAUUGGCAGACUAAAGGAAUAUUUUGAAGACGUAGAUCGAACAUGGGAGACAUUUGAGAAGGCAUUGUGGGGCCAUAUUGCCAACUUUUACAAAUUUGCAAAAGAGAGGUACCUUCACUAUUUUCUGUCAAAUAUUGAAAUUGGGGAUUCUGAUUUUUUCAAUACAGUUAUAUUGCCUGAAGAUGCUUUUGACAAGGCUUUAUCUCCUAUUCAGCCUGGAAAAAAAAUCCCUGAUGUUUGGUUCAACUAUCAGCUUCUUAUUGACGCUCAUCAUCCUCCUUAUACUUCUAUGUCUAAAUGGAUCAAAAGCCCGAUGUAUUUUCUUCUACCUAUAGCAGUUGCCGUUCAAGUACCAGUUUGCGCCUUUCUGAACAAUGAAUCCGCCCCCACUAGAAAAAGAAAAGAAACUACUCAUUGUUACCCAAUGUCUCCUUUUUUUGGCGUUAAUUUGACUCUGCUUGCUUUCCUUUGGGAGUGUGGUCAGAUUUGCAAAUACACUGGUGAAAGCACGAGUCUCAUCACUUGUGUUCACUGUGUUAAUUUUGAAGAUACUUGCAAAGGUUUUCUAGAAGUUGCAAAGGAAACUGUGCUUCAAAUUGUUUGUGUUAUUUUUGAAGAUCCUGGAGUGCAGGAGUUACUUAUCGAGAUUUAUCAUAAAGAGUGGUGUGAAGGACUGGUUACUGAGGAUCUAGUUGCAACAUUUGGAGAGUAUUUUAAAGAGGUGAAGAUGUAUAUUGAAGAAAGAUCAUUUAGGAGGCUUGUUGAAGCAUGCCUGGAGGAGACUGUGGUAGUUUAUGUUGAUCAACUUCUAAAACAGAGAAACAAUAUCAAGGAAGAAACCAGUGAGCGGAUGAGGUUAGAUGAGGAGGUCAUCACGGACUUUUUUAGGGAGUACCUAAGUGUCUCUAAAGUUGAAAGUAGAGUCAGGAUACUGAGUGAUUUAAGGGAACUUGCUUCAGCUGAGAGGCUGGAUACCUUUACGCUUGUAUAUGCAAAUAUCCUUGAACAUCAGCCUGACUGCCCGCCUGAGGUAGUUGAGAAACUUGUUGGGCUGCGAGAAAGCAUACCACGGAAGGAUGCCAAGGAGGUUAUACGCGAGUGCAAAGAAAUUUAUGAGAAUUCAAUGGUUGAUGGUAAUCCCGCCAAGGCAGGUUUUGUGUUUCCAAAGGUGAAGUGCUUGCAAUCUUCCAAGGGUUCAUUGUGGCGAAAGCUUACUUAGUUCAAGUGCCAAAUUUGGUUCAUGCUGACAAUGUAAAUUCCUUGCACAGCCUGGUUUGAAACCCGUAUCUAAAACUUCAGUUGUCUUAAUUUUGUUGAUGAUAUUUCAUUAUUGUUUUCGCCUUGUUUCGCAAACUCAAUUUUGUCAUCUCUUACCCAAAAAUAAAUAAGUCCCAAGGUUUCAGAUCUGCAAGAAAUUGUAUGAAGCUUUUGACAUGACAGUUUGAGUUAAUGAGAAGGCGGCAUUGAAGCCACAUGAUGUGAAA